GCAGUCGGGUCAUUAACAUUAAUAAAAUACACAAGUCCUACAUUGCAUUUAGUGCUUGUCUCAAGGAUAUUUAAUUAUACAUUAAAAGAAUAAAAUGGAGAUAAAUAACGCUCAUGAUUUAUAUUAUCCUUAUAACUUGAUACGUUUGACCCAUGCAGUUGAAGAUACAGAAUGGGCAUUUCAACAAUUUAAAAAUAAAAUAAAAUGUUUGGUUUGUAGUGGACAAAAUGACGCAGGGGAAUUUUUUAGAAGUAUUUUCGAUGAGGACGAAUUAGAUAAUCAUAUUAAUAAUACCAACCAUGCUGAAAAUCUUGAAGACAUGUUUUACAAUACUAUAGAUGAUGAAGUUUUUUCAUAUUUAAGUGUAUAUCACAAUUUUUGGAAUAGGGUUACACUUUCAUUACAAAUGCAUCAAGUAUAUUUUUCUCCCCGCGAUGUAGAUAAUACCUGCUGUGAUUUAUGUCAGACAUUUCUGAGUUAUAACGAAACUAAUCUUUGGAAGCAUAUCAAUGGUAAUGCGCAUCAAUCGAAUCUUUCAAGGGAUUAUUAUGGCCCAGUUCCAUGGACUGGAACAACACAAUCUCCUAGUAUAUACUAUCCAUUUAAUUUAUUAAUUGAUGUAAUGGGGAUUACAGGAAAAAAUAUGUCUUUAAACAUUCAAUUUUUAGAAAAAAAUUACUUUUAUUGUCUUAUCUGCGAUUUGAAUAUAAAUGGUGGUUUUGAUCAAGUACAAAAUCAUUUGAAAAGUGAUGAUCAUAGAGAUCAAAUCGAUAAGGAAUGUUGGAAUGUAUAUUGUUAUCAUUUUGAGUGGAGGAGCAAAGAUAACCAAUUUCAACGUGAACAAGUUUUUUAUACACCAUGUAGUGAAGAUGUAAAAUUCUGCUUCUUGUAAAAUUUGCGAUCGAGAGUUAAAUUAUCAAGGAUUAUACGAUCAUUCUAAUUGUUUUACCCAUAGAAAUGAAUUACGCAAAAUGCAGGUUUACGGCAAGUUGUUUACGGUGUAAUUAAAUGUAACGACUGAGUCUCGAUAAGGCGGGAGGAUAUUUCUUACAUUAUACACUACAUUUAUAAAUAUACAGGGAACGGUAUUUUGUAUUUGAUUUAAAAUUAAUUAUUCUAUUUCGGAUAUUUUUACAAUUUUACUUUAAAAUUAAUAUUGAUGAUUAAAUGAAGAACAAUUUGGAAUGAAAUUUUUCCCGAAAACGGGAAUCCUAAUCGAUACUACAUAUAUCAGAUCAGGAUACCCAAAAAUAUUUUUGGCGAUCCAAAUCGAAAGAGAGUGAAAAGGUAGAGUUAAAUUUAUAAUAUGUUAAAUUUCAAUUCUUCAUAACUUUUAUGAUGGAUAACCGAUGUGACGGUUAAUUUCAUACUUAUAUUUGGCUAACCCCUCGUACGACAUCCUUCACAAAUCCCACAAACGUUUUCCUAUGUAAAAAUUAGACGGCAAGUUAUAUUAUGGGUAUCAAAUUAUAACUUAAGGUGCUAGGAAGGUUGAAUCCAAUACAUAUCCGUUGUAAUUCAUAGGUCAUUCCUCAAAAAAAGUAGGAAUUGUCAUUAAAUCAUUACUUACAUAAAUUCAAGGCCCAUCACUGUUUGCCAAAAAAUUUUUGGUGUGAACCAUUCCCUUUUGCUAAAUAUAUUUUCGGAUAUUUCUACCUGAUGCAUCAUAAAAAUAUUAAUUUAAAGCCUAUCUGGGAAGAAAUCCACUCAAAUUUUGGUUAUGUUAUUAUAAAGAUAAUGUAAAAUAAAGAUAUAAGACAUUAA